AUGGAGGUCGCCACACCAGGCGUGCCAAAUGGCGUCUCAACGCCAGAGACGGCGGCUAUGGUGGAUUCCGGCGCAGUCAUUCAGUACCUGACGGAGGUGCUCCAGGUAACACUGGGAGCUCAGAAGUCCGAGUUGGAAAGCGCUGGGAGCUUGCUCUCGGAAUCGAGGUACAACGAGACGGUACAACGCUGCACGCGAUUUGCUUCGGAGUCGCAAGUCGCGCUCUAUGUACAAAAGGACAUUGUUGCGGCGGAGGAAUCUAAUGGCGAGACGGAGAACCAGGCAGCAGUGCAAUAUCUCUACAGCCUUUCCUCCGAGAUCUCAUCCGCUUCCACUACCGUGGCCUCGGUGGCUAUAAUCAAACGGCCCGCUCCUAUCGACCCGACUCUUCCGAUGGCGUCGCAAGUCCAGGUCAUGAACCUGCCCGGUCUCGCCUCGCUGAACAAUUCCCCUACUCAGCAGGGAAACUCUAUGUCGCCCUACCAAAUCCUACACCUGUUGUUACACCAUGGUCUCAGUCCCUACUUUGAAGCCUACACCCGCAGUCAGGAGAUGACCGCCGGAACUAAAUCUAAGACGGACACCGAGGCGAAAACCGGAAUCCCAGGAACAAAGAAGAAGUUUGCGGACUUGGAGCUUGGUUUGAUGCACUUGCAACAGAAUGUGGAGAUCCCAGCUUUAAGCCUCCCGCUUCACGAAGUUGUACAGGGUGCUCUUAAAGAGGCAGAAACACGUGGAAUCAAGCCAUCUGUGGAGUUGAUUCCAUCAACGGUGCUGGAGAGCAGUGCUUUCACCAACAGCAUCCAAAAUGUGGUAAAUGGCUGGAUUCGGUCGAUCCAGACUAUCACGAAGAUGUCCCGCGACCCGAACAGCGAGUCGGCAUCUCCGGAGGUUAACUUUUGGCUGUCAAUGGAGACCGCUUUGGAAGGCAUCGAUACUCAGCUGCAAAGCGACGGUGUGCGAUUGACCAUGGACAUUCUCCGUCACGCAAAGCGGUACCAACCAACACUCAGUUUCGUGGCGGACACUGGGCUGAAAGAUGCCACCGAAUUGGUCCAGAAGUACAAUCAAUUGAUGCGAGACUUCCCCCUCGACGAGCUUCUUUCUGCAACCUCGCUGCAAAAAGUUCAAGAGUCUCUGAACUUGAUUUUCACUCACCUGAACAAGAAAUUGAAAAUUUGCCCUUACCCGAUUAAGCGGGCCCUCUCGCUCGUCGAGGCCAUUUCGGGAGAUCUCGACAAGAAAAUCCAUGAGCUUAUCAAAGGAAACACUAUCUUGCAGUUGGACUACCGCGAGUUCCGGUCGUUGAUGAAGGUGACGCAAGCGAUUUGGCGUACCUGGGAUGAGAACCUCAAGGAAUUUACCAACGUUGCCCGUGAGUCAACAAGACGCCGCAACGAAAAGUUCAUUCCAAUCAAGAUCAACGCCAGACACGACAAGACCCGUGAGCGACUUAAGUAUGUUGACACUUUCCGAGUCAACCAUGAACAGCUCCAGAAAACCAUCAUCAACGUUCUCGGACCAAAGAGCUCUUCUUCAGCUGAUGCUGGGACUGUUGAAGGCGACGGGGCUGUCAUCGUGGAGGAGAUUGGUGAUGUCGAUGCCGUAGAGGAAGUUGCGCAUGCCUACGCUGCUCUACAAAGUGUGGAUGUACUGGAUGUUUCCCCCGAGGGAUCUCUAGAAUGGGAGCGCCAGGAAAUCGCGUACAGUGAGCGUACCUCUCGUGUGGAAAACUCCAUCAUUGCCCGCCUGCGUGAUCGUCUGGCUACAGCAAAAAACGCCAAUGAGAUGUUCCGUGUUUUCUCCAAGUUCAAUGCACUGCUCGUCCGCCCCAAGAUUCGUGGUGCCAUUGGCGAGUAUCAAACGCAGUUGAUUGACAAUGUUAAGCGAGACAUCAGCGCUCUCCACGAGCGUUUCAAGCAACAGUAUGGUCAUUCGGAAGCUCAUGCGAUGGCCCAACUGCGUGACCUUCCGCCUGUGUCGGGUGCCAUCAUCUGGACCCGUCAGAUCGAACGACAGCUUGAUGGGUAUAUGCGCAAAGUGGAAAAUGUCCUUGGUGAAGACUGGCACCUGCACACCGAGGGACAAAAGCUGCAGGCUGAGAGCAACCUCUUCCGCAAGAAGCUCGACACACGCCCGGUAUUCGAGUCAUGGCUGUGGGAUGUUCAGCGACGCCAUAUCACGAUCUCUGGACGACUCUUCAGUGUUGUUCGCAACCGGGCGGCAGGAAAUACGCUGGAACUCACGGUCAACUUCGACGCUCAGAUCAUCGCACUCUUCAAGGAGGUCCGCAACCUAAUUUGGCUUAACUUCCAGGUUCCUCAUGCUGUCAGCAACAUCUCCAAGGAGGCGAAGCGUGUCUACCCUUACGCCAUUAGCUUGAUGGAGAGUGUCCGGACUUUGCUACAGACAAACCGAACAAUUGCCUCCAUGUCAGAUGUCGCCAUCCUGCUUAAUGGCUACUUGAACGAUUCGCAGGCAAUGGUUGCCAAGGGUAUUCCUCUUCGGUGGGAGUCCUUUGUUCACUCAUACGAACUCCACGUCAAGCAAUCAGCAUUGGCAAACGGUGCUAUCGAUACUUCCAUGCCUAGUCGUACCGAGAGUAAGCACGUUCAAUUUGUCCGCGAGUUUGCUGGCUCGGCAUCUGUGCUUCAGUCCAAGACUGCCGUGCUUUCGUCUAUCAACGAGAACAUCCAGAAAUCCAUCCACGAACUCAAGACGUGCGCGUACGAUGCCGCGGCCUUCAAGCAGCGCCUGGACACCAUCCAGGUUGCUGUUGAUAAGCUCAACCUCGAGAACUAUGUCAACCUCGGGUACUGGGUUGCUGAACUUAACGGAAAGAUCGAAAACAUUCUCCGGGAGCGUCUUCAUCGCGCUGUGCUUGCGGCGACGGCGGAUGCCGAAACCAUGGCGUACAACAUUCAGUUCCCGAAUCUUUUCCAUGAGAUUUCCAUGAAGAACCAAGUCCUCCACCUGGACCCACCACUGCAAUUUGCACGGGCAAGCUGGUUCUCCCACUUUGAUACAUGGCUCGGUGUGAUUUGCAACCUGGAGAAGAUCAAGCCUUCGCGUUACCAGAUCUCCAUUGGAGUGCAAAAGAAUGUGCGCCUGUCCGAAGUCUGCUUCGCCAACCUCCCCCAACACUGUACCGAUGAGCUCAAUCAAGUUUACGGCGUUGUGGAGAGCAGACUAAAGGAAGUAUCAGAGUAUGUCGACAAGUGGCUGCAGUUCCAGUCACUUUGGGAUCUGCGGUCUGAGCAGGUCUACGACAUCUUGGGUGAUGAUCUCUCUCAAUGGCUCCAAUUGCUCCAGGAGAUCAGAAAGAGCCGUGCUACCUUUGAUACCUCCGAAGUUGGCCGCUCAUUCGGCAACAUCAGAAUUGAUUACGAACAAGUCCAGACCAAGGUGAAUGCUAAGUACGACCAGUGGCAGCAUGAGAUCCUUCUCAAGUUCGGUGCCAAACUCGGCGGUCGUAUGCGAGAGGUUCACUCCGAGAUCGCUGCUGCACGUCGUGAUCUGGAAGGCCAGACCCUGGAAGCCUCUUCGACGGCGCAUGCUGUUUCCUUCAUCACCAUUGUUCAGCAGUGCAAGCGCAAGACUCGCGUCUGGGAGCCUGAGGUCGAUUUAUUCCGCCAAGGUCAAACUACACUAUCCCGUCAGCGUUACCAAUUCCCCAGUGACUGGCUCCACGUUGAGAACGUCGAUGGUGAGUGGGCGGCUCUCAAUGAGUUGCUUACUCGCAAGAGCAAGAUCGUCCAUGAUCAAACAGAAGGCCUGCGUGCAAAAAUCACCGCCGAAGACCGAGUUAUCAGCGACAAGAUCGCCGAGGUCAUUUCCCAGUGGAAUGACGAGAAGCCUGUUUCUGGAACUAUUCCACCAGAAGAAGCAUCCAAGACUCUGAAGACUUUCCAGUCUCGCCUUGAAUCCCUCCAGUCGGAGUUUGAGAUGGUUUCUAAGGCCAAAGAAGCUCUGGACUUGCCUGCUAGCGCCGAGUCAUCUUUACCUCCAAUUCUCGAAGAGGUCCAGGACUUUACCUCUGUCUGGGGUGCACUGUCGACUAUUUGGCAGAAUCUUAACGAUCUUCGUGACGGACUAUGGACUAGUGUGCAGCCCAGGAAGCUCCGCCAAGCUCUUGACAAUUUGAUCAAGUUGACCAAGGAGAUGCCGAGUCGGAUGAGACAGUAUGCCGCUUUUGAGCAUAUCCAGAAUAUUCUUCGUCAGCUGCUGAAGGUUAACACCCUUCUCUCUGACAUGAAAUCCGAGGCUGUCAAGGAACGACACUGGCAGAAGAUCUACAAGACCCUCAAGCCUGGCAAGCGAUUUUCUCUUGUCUCGUUGACUCUUGGUGAUGUUUGGGACUUGCAGCUCACCACAAGUGAGACUGUGAUUCGUAAUAUCAUCGCACAGGCCCAAGGUGAGAUGGCAUUGGAAGAGUUCCUCAAGUCCGUUCGCGAGACUUGGCAAAAUUAUUCCCUUGACCUGGUCAACUAUCAGAAUAAGUGCCGUCUCAUUCGAGGCUUCGACGAUUUGUUCGCCAAAUGCAGUGAGAACCUCAACUCCCUCCAGGCCAUGCGUCACUCCCCGUACUACAAGGAAUUCGAGGAAGAGGCUACUUCUUGGGAAGAUAAGUUGAACCGGGUCCAUGUUCUAUUUGACGUCUGGAUUGAUGUCCAGCGCCAAUGGGUCUACCUCGAAGGUGUCUUCACUGGCAACGCCGAUAUCAAGCAUCUCCUCCCUCUGGAAUCAAGCCGUUUCCAAAACAUCAACUCCGAAUUCUUCGCUGUGAUGAAGAAGGUGUACAAGUCCUCCUUUGUUUUGGAUGUGCUCGCUAUCACUGGUGUACAGAAGUCCUUGGAGAGAUUGGCUGAACUGCUCAACAAGAUUCAAAAGGCUCUCGGUGAAUAUCUGGAGCGCGAGCGUGUCUCCUUCCCUCGUUUCUACUUUGUUGGAGAUGAGGAUCUGUUGGAGAUUAUCGGUAACAGCAACGACAUCUUCCGCGUCGCUAAGCAUUUCAAGAAGAUGUUUGCUGGAUUGUCAGGCCUUGUCAUGGAUGACGAUAACAACAUCGUUGGAUUCACCUCCAAGGAGGGCGAGGAGGUUCGCCUCAAGAAGGAAGUCAACCUCGUCAAGACCCCCAGAAUCAAUGACUGGCUUUCUGCGCUAGAGAACAACAUGAAAUUAACUCUGGCAGAGCUUCUUGCUGAGGCUGUCGAGCAGUUCGAUACUCUUUACAAUGCUACUGAGGUUGACCGAACGGCCUUCAGCGAUUUCCUGGCUAACUACCCUGCCCAAAUUGUGGUCCUUGCUAGCCAAGUUGUUUGGACCAACUCAGUGCAAAAAGCAUUGGAAGAAGGCGGUACUAACCUCCCGGCGCUGUACGAUGCCGAAGUUCGAAUCCUGGAGCUUCUGGCUGCCACCGUGCUUGGUGAACUCGAUACGAUUACCCGCAAGAAGUGUGAGCAUAUGAUCACAGAAUUCGUUCACCAGCGUGACUGCAUUUCGAAACUCGUCAGUCUCAAUGCCUCGACACCCACACACUACCUAUGGCUCCUUCAGAUGCGUUACGUUUACCAAGCCGAGGGUGACUUCCUGCAGCGCUUGUAUGUACACAUGGCCAACGCAAAGCUCAACUAUGGAUUCGAGUACUUGGGUGUGCCGGAGCGUCUUGUGCGAACUCCGCUCACAGAUCGUUGUUUCCUCACCCUUACCCAAGCCCUGUGCCAGCGACUGGGUGGUUCUCCCUAUGGGCCUGCUGGUACUGGUAAGACCGAGUCCGUCAAAGCGCUUGGUCUGCAACUUGGCCGUUUCACUCUUGUUUUCUGUUGUGACGACACAUUCGACUUCCAGGCCAUGGGUCGUAUCUUCCUCGGUAUCUGUCAAGUUGGUGCAUGGGGUUGCUUUGACGAGUUCAACCGUCUGGAGGAACGUAUCCUCUCGGCUGUUUCUCAGCAGAUUCAGAAUAUCCAGAUUGGUCUGAAGAACGGUGGAGACGAAAGCAAGUCCCAGAUCGAACUUGUUGGCAGACGCCUUGCUGUGAAUGCCAAUACUGGAAUCUUCAUUACAAUGAACCCUGGCUAUGCUGGUCGUUCAAACUUGCCGGACAACUUGAAGAAGUUGUUCCGCAGCGUUGCUAUGUCCAAGCCAGAUAAGGAACUUAUUGCCGAAGUCAUGCUCUUCUCCCAAGGUUUCAAGCAAGCCAAGCCUUUGUCCAAGCAGACCGUUCCCUUCUUCGACCACUGUGCCUCGCGCCUCACUAAGCAAGCCCACUACGACUUUGGUCUCCGUGCAUUGAAGAGUGUGCUUGUUUCCUCUGGUGGCCUCAAGCGCACUCGUCUUGCGACUGCCGCAGGAGAGUUAGGGCCCGAUGAUGUGAUCGAGCCUCAAAUCAUCGUCCAAAGUCUGCGUGAAACCAUCGCCCCCAAGCUGGUCCAGGAGGAUGUUGAAACAAUGUUGGAAAUCCAGGUGCAAGACUUCCCUGGCGUGGAUUACGUGCCUGCCAACUUUGAGAAACUCACCCAGGCCAUUCGUGAUAUUGCGCACGAGCAGCAUUUCGUUGACAGCGAUAUGUGGAUCACCAAGGCCCUGCAGCUCUACCAGAUCCAAAGCAUUCACCACGGUGUUAUGAUGGUCGGAAAGUCUGGAUCUGGUAAAUCAGCGGCCUGGAAGAUUCUCCUCCAAGCGAUGCAACGCAUUGAAGGCGUCGAAGGUGUUUCUCACAUCAUUGAUUCCAAGGUCAUGUCCAAGGAGGCCCUUUAUGGUAACCUCGACAGCACCACCCGUGAAUGGACAGACGGUCUCUUCACUGGUAUCCUGAGAAAGAUCGUGGAUAACCUUCGUGGUGAGGACAGCAAGCGUCAUUGGAUCGUUUUCGACGGUGACGUUGACCCUGAAUGGGUUGAGAACUUGAACAGUGUUCUUGAUGACAACAAAUUACUUACUCUGCCCAACGGAGAACGUCUCAACUUGCCUUCGAAUGUUCGCAUUAUGUUUGAAGUUGAGAGUCUGAAGUAUGCCACUCUGGCCACCGUCAGUCGUUGCGGUAUGGUUUGGUUCAACGAGGAUACUGUCACUCCUACCAUGAUGAUCACCAAUUAUGUUGAGAGUCUCAGAACCAAGACCUUCGAGGAUCUAGAUGAAGACAGUGCUCCUGCUGGAACAGCCGCUGUCCGCACUCAAGACGCCCAAGACACAGUUGCAACCAUCCUCAAGCAGUUCUUGGAGGCCGACGAUCUUGUCCUCAAGGCCCUCGAGGAAGCCAAAAAGUACAACCAUAUCAUGGAGUUCACUGACAUCCGUGCCCUUAACACUCUCUUCAGCUUGUUGAACAAGGCCUGCCGCAACGUUCUAGAGUACAAUGUCCAGCACGUCGACUUCCCUCUGGACCCCGAGCAAAUCGAGUCGUACAUCUCCAAGAAGCUUCUCUUGACACUGGUCUGGUCAUUGACAGGUGAUUGUCCUCUCGGCGAUCGCAAGGCUUUCGGCCAAUAUGUGUCUGGAAUGUCUACAAUUGACCUGCCGCCAGACGGCGAGUCAUCUCUCAUUGACUAUGAUGUUACUCUUCCCAAGUCCGACUGGUCCAGCUGGCAGUCGCAGGUACCGUCGAUUGACAUCAACACGCAUUCCGUCACCCAAACCGACGUGAUUAUCCCUACCGUGGAUACAAUCCGUCACGAGGAUGUAUUGUACUCCUGGCUUGCCGAACACAAGCCCUUGCUGCUCUGUGGUCCUCCUGGGUCUGGUAAAACCAUGACAUUGUUCGCCGCGCUCAGGAAAUUGCCCAACAUGGAAGUCGUUGGCCUGAACUUCUCGAGCGCCACUACACCGGACCUUUUGAUCAAGACCUUCGAGCAAUACUGCGAGUACAAGAAGACUCUCAACGGUGUGGUGAUGUCUCCUAACCAGAUCGGCCGCUGGCUCGUCAUAUUCUGUGACGAGAUUAACCUUCCCGCCCCCGAUCGCUACGGCACACAGCGCGCCAUUUCUUUCCUGCGUCAGCUUGUUGAGCAGAAUGGCUUCUGGAGAUCUUCCGACAAGAGUUGGGUCAGCCUAGAGCGCAUUCAAUUCGUUGGUGCUUGUAACCCUCCGACGGAUGCUGGUCGUACGCCCAUGGCCGAAAGAUUCCUGCGUCACGCACCACUCAUCAUGGUCGACUACCCUGGCGAGAUCUCUCUUAACCAGAUCUAUGGUACCUUCAACUCGGCUGUGCUUAAAAUACUUCCCUUACUGCGUGGAUACUCCGAGGCACUUACCAAGGCCAUGGUUCAAUUCUACCUCGAAUCCCAGACCCGAUUCACACCCCAGAUCCAACCUCACUAUGUGUACUCGCCCCGUGAGCUUACCCGAUGGGUUCGUGGUAUUUAUGAGGCAAUCAAACCGUUGGAGAGCUUGUCUAUUGAGGGUCUGGUCCGUAUCUGGGCGCACGAAGCUUUGCGCUUAUUCCAGGACAGACUGGUGGCCGAGGAUGAGAGAGCUUGGACGGCAGAUGCUGUUCGUCGCAUCGCCUUGGAGCACUUCCCUACGAUUGAUGAUCAAGAAGCACUCAAGGGCCCCAUCCUGUUCUCCAACUGGCUGUCCAAGAACUACGUGCCAGUCGAACAGGAGAAACUGCGUGACUUUGUCAAGGCACGUCUGAAGACUUUCUGUGAGGAAGAGGUGGAUGUUCCGCUUGUGCUGUUCAACGAUGUGCUUGAACAUGCGCUCCGCAUCGACCGAGUCUUCCGCCAACCUCAGGGCCAUUUGAUCUUGAUCGGUGUGAGCGGCAGUGGAAAGACGACACUAUCUCGCUUCGUCGCCUGGAUGAAUGGCCUGAAGGUGUUCCAAAUCAAGGUCCACGGAAAAUACUCUUCCGAGGACUUUGAUGAUGACUUAAGAAGUGUCCUUCGCCGGGCAGGGUGCAAGGGCGAGAAGAUUUGUUUCAUCAUGGACGAAUCAAACGUUCUCGACUCUGGUUUCCUUGAACGCAUGAACACCCUGCUUGCCAACGCCGAGGUACCCGGUCUGUUUGAAGGUGAUGAAUUCUCUUCCCUGAUGACCGCCUGUAAAGAAGGUGCCCAGCGCCAAGGUCUGCUGCUCGACUCGCAGGAGGAGCUAUACAAAUGGUUCACUCAGCAAAUUGUCAAGAACUUGCACGUUGUGUUCACCAUGAACCCACCGGAGGAGGGUCUAUCUUCGAAGGCCGCCACUAGUCCCGCCUUGUUCAACCGUUGCGUGCUAAACUGGAUGGGAGACUGGUCUGAUCAAGCCUUGUUCCAGGUCGGCUCCGAGCUCACACAGUCGGUUGAUCUGGAUAAGCCCAAUUUUGUCGCGCUCGACAGCAUCCCUGUAGCAUACAGAGAAUUGUCACUCCCGGCCACACACAGAGACGCUGUCAUCAACUCUAUGGUGUAUAUCCACCACUCCUUGCACAGGUUCAAUGGACGUCUACAGAAGCAGCAAGGUCGGGCGACUUUCCUCACUCCUCGCCAUUACCUCGAUUUCGUUGCACAGUACGUGAACCUGUUCAACGAAAAGCGUGAAGACCUAGAGGAGCAACAGCGCCAUCUGAACGUUGGUCUUGAGAAGCUUCGUGACACCGUCGACAAGGUCAGCGACCUUCGGGUCAGUCUGGCCCAGAAGAAGACACAAUUGGAGAAGAAGGACACAGAAGCGAACGAGAAACUGCAGCGUAUGGUCGCUGAUCAACAGGAAGCGGAACAGCGGAAGCAGGCCUCAUUGGAGGUGCAGGAAGCACUAGAGAUACAAGAAAAGGAAGUGGCAACCCGGAAGGAAGUUGUAUUGAACGACUUGGCUCAGGCUGAACCCGCCGUCUUGGAAGCCCAGCAGAGUGUCAGCAACAUCAAGCGUCAACAGCUCACUGAAGUUCGAGGUAUGGCUUCACCUCCGGGUGGUGUCCGGCUUUCCCUGGAAGCCGUUUGUGUUCUCCUUGGACACAGAGUCGACAGCUGGAAGGCCAUCCAAGGUAUUGUUCGCCGUGAUGAUUUCAUUGCCAGCAUCGUGAACUACGAUAGUAAGGUUUCAAUGACGCGCAACCUUCGCAUCAAGAUGCAAAAUGAGUUCUUCUCCAAGGAGGACUUCACGUACGAGCGAGUCAACCGCGCCAGUAAGGCUUGUGGUCCCCUGGUUCAAUGGGUCACAGCCCAGGUCGCCUACUCUGAAAUCCUUGAUCGCGUUGGUCCUCUUCGUGCAGAGGUCGAUCAGCUCGAGGACCAGGCUAUGCAAACCAAGGCCGAAGCCCAGGCUAUCGUCAACACCAUCAACAGCCUCGAAUCCAGCAUUGCCACCUACAAGGCCGAGUAUGCAGCUCUCAUUAGUGAAACCCAGGCGAUCAAGACCGAGAUGUCCCGGGUCCAGUUCAAGGUCGACCGCAGUGUUCGUCUGUUGGACAGUUUGGCCUCCGAGCGUGAGCGUUGGGAGGAUGGCAGCAAGUCAUUCGAAACCCAAAUCAACACUCUUGUUGGCGAUGUCCUCAUUGCUGCUGCGUUCCUUGCAUACGCUGGUCUCUAUGAUCAGCAGUUCCGUCGGGCAAUGAUUGACGACUGGGUUCACCAACUGGCGGCCUCUGGCAUUGCCUUCAAACCUCACAACCCUAUCACGGAAUAUCUGUCCAACGCAGAUGAGCGCCUGACUUGGCAAGACCACUCUCUCCCCGUUGAUGACCUCUGCACGGAGAAUGCUAUCAUCCUGAAGAAGUUCAACAGAUAUCCUCUGAUUGUUGACCCAUCGGGCCGCAUCACAGAAUUCCUGCAAAAGGAGAGCAAAGACCGCAAGCUUACCGUCACGAGUUUCUUGGACGAUUCCUUUGUCAAGCAACUGGAGAGCGCCUUGCGUUUCGGAAACCCCAUUCUCAUCCAGGAUGCCGAGCACCUGGACCCGAUUCUCAACCACGUUCUCAACAAGGAAUACCAAAAGACCGGCGGUCGUGUUUUGAUUCAGUUGGGCAGACAGGAAAUCGAUUUCUCGCCUUCCUUCAAGCUGUUCCUUUCGACGCGUGAUCCUUCGGCCUCGUUCCCGCCUGAUAUCUGCAGUCGUACCACAUUUGUCAACUUUACAGUCACCCAGAGCAGCUUGCAGACACAAUCACUGAAUGAUGUUCUGAAGUUCGAGCGACCUGAUGUCGAUGAACGACGUAACAACCUUGUCAAGAUGCAAGGAGAGUUCAAGGUCCACCUUCGACAACUCGAGAAGCGCCUCUUGCAAGCUCUCAACGAGUCUCGUGGAAACAUUCUUGAUGACGACAAUGUCAUCGAGACUCUCGAGACUCUCAAGAAGGAGGCUGCCGAUAUCUCCAAGAAGAUGACCGAGACCGAAGGUGUCAUGUCUGAGGUGGAUAGUGUCACGCAGAAGUACAGCAUCAUUGCUCGCUCAUGCAGUGCUGUCUUUGCCGUUCUGGAGCAGCUUCACCACAUCAACCACUUCUACCAAUUCUCACUGCAAUACUUCGUGGACAUUUUCAACUCUGUUCUCUACCAGAACAAGCGACUUGCACAGGAAAAGGAUCAUUCUACCCGCGUUCAGAUCAUUAUCAAGGAUCUGUUCAUCAUGGCUUACCAGCGAACCUCGCUAGGUCUCGUUCAGAAGGACCGGAUCACUCUCGCCAUCCUGCUUGCUCAAGCUACUCCAUUCAUUAUGGACAGGACCAUCCUCGACCGUGUUCUGGACGAGUCAGUCGAAGGCGUGGAUCUUUCAACCUCCGUUGAUGCCCGCAACCAUGUGCUUGCCAAGUUGUCCAACAUGUCUCUCUUCAAAGAGCAGCUUGCCAAUGUUACCCAAGAGCAAUGGGACCGCUUCUUCACCGAGGAACUUGCCGAGAACGCCGUCCCAGUCAUGUGGGAUGAGAACACCUCGCAACUCGACCAGCUCCUCCGCUCCCUGCUCCUUGUCAAACUUUGCCGCAUGGACAGAUUCGUCCCAACAGCCGAGCGUUUCAUUGAAGCCGUAUUCGGCCGUGAGCUCUUCGAAGGCAGCAGCGACCUGAAGGAUGUAGUCGACCAAGUCACCGCAACCAGACCAAUUGCCCUCAGCUCCAGUCCCGGCUUCGACGCCAGUUACAAGGUCGACGCCCUAGUCGAGCGCACCCACGCCACAUGCGCCAACAUUGCCAUGGGCUCCAACGAGGGUCUUGAAAGCGCCGACAAGGCCAUCAGCAACGCAGCCGCCGCCGGUAACUGGGUCCUAGUCAAGAACGUCCAUCUGGCGCCUUCUUGGCUGCAGAGUCUCGAAAAGAGACUCGACUCCCUCAAGCCCCACAAGGAAUUCCGCCUAUUCCUGUCCAUGGAGUCCAGCCCUAAGAUUCCAGUCAACUUGAUCCGUGCCUCGCGCGUGCUUAUGUACGAACAGCCCGCCGGAGUCCGCGCCAACAUGAAGGAUUCACUCUCCUCUCUCAACGUGAGAGCCAGCAAGGCACCCGUCGAAAAGGCUCGCGUCUACCUCCUCCUCUGCUUCCUGCACGCCGUAGUCCAAGAGAGACUCCGCUACGCUCCCAGCCUCGGCUGGAAGGGCUUCUGGGAGUUCAAUGACAGCGACUACGAAUGUUCCGCCUACAUAAUCGACCACUGGGUUGACACAGUCGCCCAAGGUCGGUCAAACGUAGCACCACAAAAGAUCCCCUGGGAAAUGAUCCGCACGCUUAUAACCGAGAUGUACGGCGGCAAGAUUGACGACGCAGGCGACUACCAGCAACUCGAGAACCUGGUCACUAGCUUCCUCACGCCUGCGGCCUUCGAGGACGAGUACAAGCUCGUUUCGGGCGUUGAGAACGAUGAUCUGCUCACUCUCCCGAGUACGACUAGCAUGCGUGACUUCAUUGCCUGGGUUAACGGCUUACCUGAGCGUGAACCGCCUACUUAUUUGGGCCUUCCUGCUAAUGCGGAGAAACUGUUGCUUGUUGGCCAUGGGCGGAAGAUGAUUUCUGAUCUUUCGCGUGUUACUACCCUUCUAGAUGAGGGGGAGCAGUUGAUGGUUGAUAAUUAA